AUGAGGAAGUGGUCGACAUGAUUCAGAAAGGGGAUCGAACCAAGUUUGAUGUUGAGGUUCUCAAGCAGUUGCUGAAACUCCUACCAGAAAAGCAUGAAAUAGAAAACUUGAAAUCCUUCAAAGAAGAAAAGGAAAAAUUAGCAAAUGCAGAUCAGUUCUAUCUUCUUCUCCUUGGUGUCCCAAGCUACCAGCUCCGGAUUGAGUGCAUGCUGAUGUGUGAAGAGACUGCCGUUCUGCUGGAGAUGCUGCAGCCGAAAGCGGAAACAAUCAGGAGGGCCUGUGAAGAUCUUCUCAUUAGCCACCGGUUACCCAUUUUCUGUCAGUUGAUUCUCAAAGUUGGAAACUUCUUGAACUAUGGAAGUCAUACUGGAGAUGCCGAUGGCUUUAAGAUUGGCACUUUACUCAAACUAACAGAAACCAAAGCAAACCAGACCCGUAUUACACUGCUGCAUCAUAUUUUAGAGGAGGUGGAGAAAAAUCACGUAGACUUACUACAGCUUCCCAAAGAUAUUGAAUAUGUUGCAAAGGCUUCUGGAAUCAAUCUGGAUGUGAUACGUUCUGAAUCCAGUUCCAAUAUAAAGAAACUUAUGGAACUAGGGCGAAAGUUGUCAUCGUCAACAGAAGAGGUGAAAGCCCAGUAUGAAAAAGCAAUUCAGGAUAGCAUAAGUGCCAACCAGAAAUUAGAAGACGAAUUUGAAAACGUUGAAGCAAAGAAGGUGGAGCUUGCCAAUUACCUCUGUGAGGACCCAAACAAAUUGUCCUUGGAAGAUAUAUUUAACACCUUGAAAACCUUCAGGGACCUCUUCAUCAAGGCGUUAAAGGAAAACAAGGAUCGAAAGGAGCAAGCGGCAAAGGCUGAAAAAAGGAAGAAGCAGCUGGAAGAGGAAGAGGCAAAGAGGCAAAAAGGAGAAAAUGGAAAAAUAAUUAGAAAAGGAGUCGUGAAGCAAGAUGACGUGUGUGUUAUUGAUGCGUUGCUGGCUGACAUAAGGAAGGGGUUCCAGCUGCGGAAAACGGCCAGAAAUAAAGGUGAUCCGGAUACUCCUGCCAAAGGCUCACCCAGUCAACCUCAAAAAGGGAAAGACAAUGGCCCAACUGUUCAGGCUGUAAAAGACGCAGCGAAGGAGGAGGAUGGUGUGAUUGUGCAAAAUAACCUGCAAGGAUUACCAGAAAAAACAGUCCUUUCAGGCGUUGAUGUUACAAAUGCAAAGCAAGAGGAUGUUGUCGACUUGCCAGCUUCCCACACAUCCUCUGGUGAAUGUGGAAAUGGCAGGCAUUCUCCAAGCCAUCCUGAUCCAGAGAAGAGCUCCUUAGAUUCAUUUACAUUGGAAGGAAUCAUGGAGCCCAACAAUGGAACAAACUUGCAAGAGAGGACUAUCUCCCACACCAUCCAAGAUGUGAAUUGUAAUGAUUUGGAAUUUUCUCAGUCAUCUUCUUUUAUCAAAUUUGGGAGCACGGAUUCAUCCAGCUUGAAGAGUGGAGAUGGCCUAGUUUGCUCAGGAGGCUCUGAUUUUGGAUUUUGUUCACAGAACAGCCUAAAUUCAAAUGAUCAAGUAAACAAAGCCACCAGCAAAGCCAGUGUAGAGCAGGACUCAUCUGGGAAAGACCAAGGGCUUCCAACUCCAGAGGUUCCUCCAAUUGUGACAACAAAGGAGUCAACGAAAGAAAAUAAUGAGCCUUCCAUAGACUCCUUGCUUGAUACGUGUCAUGAGAAGUCCUUUUCAGAAGAGCCACAGACUGAUACUACAUGUUCAGCAACAGUCCCUUCAGAGCAAGCUCUUGUUGAAAAAGACAGCCAAAAAGGAUCAAACAAGCGACGAAAGAAAAAGAGGCACAGCAAAAGCAAUCCAACAGUGGUUGACACUGAUUUAAAAGYGGUGGGUGAUACAAAARGAGGUUGUGAGAUACAGUGAGGUGGCACUGCAAGACAGAAAAAAUGACUACAUAAACUCCAAAUCCUGAAGUAUAUACUACAACAGCCAGCAUCUGCUAUGGGAAACAGCCAUGAUAAUGAGCUGGCAGCUUUAUUUUAUCUGGGAAGACUUUGGAUAUAUAGCAGAUAACACCCAGAUGUCAAACAAAAAAAAUGUCCAAGCAUCAAAGCACCUUUGAUAUGUGCCUUAUGCAAAGUUCCAGGUUGUACAAAUUCCCUUCUGGUUUCAUGCCAUAGAGAAAGGACUUUGGUCAAGCUCACGAUUGGAUGAAACACUUUUGAAUAAGCAGAGUUCCUAUUUCUGCAGAAACAAAAGGAAAGCAUGGGUUAAUUGGUUCCUCUGAAACCAAAUGACAGGGAAGUUUCAGCCAACAAUGUUGUCUUGUGAUUGGAUGUUCUCUUGGCCACUCAACAGACUCGACAGUUGAACCCUAUGUGGGACCAAGUUACAAACUUUGGCAUUUCAAUAGUAUGGUUGUGCUAUAAGAAGUGCAAACUCUCAACUUCAUGACAAAUGGCUACCUGUUCUUGCAAAGAAAAAAAAUUCAGAUGAGUAUAGCAUUUUCCCAAUUUAUAUGGAUAGACAUAAAUAGGGAAAUAAUUGCUUUAAAUAAGAAUACAAAACAGUUCAGGUUGGUGGAGGAGAGAUGCUACAAUCAGGUUAAUGGUUCCCAUAUUAUUAUCUCUGUUGUCUGGAUGCGAUAUGUUGAUAGGUAACUUUGAGGUUGGCUUCUGUCCAUCCUUUUUAUGGUUCUUUCGCUUCAUAUUGGACUUGGACUGGACGUCAACCAUCUUCUAGCCACAGCAUCUGUUGGAUCAUGGACAAAAUGUUGACAACUGUUUGAGCCACAAGACAAUCCAGAAAAUAGGAACUAAUCAACAGGUUAUGCAUGUAGAACCUCUCUCAGAAUUCUUCCUAUCAAGCCAGAAAUUAAUCAGCUCUUUUGUUGGGAAGAUGCUAGAAAUGGCAGUCCUUCAGCGUGGAGAGCAGCCACAAUGAGUCUCCAUUCUAGUCAUGGCACGGGUUGUUCUACCCUCAUGUUAUCCAGCAAUGGCAACAAUAUGCCUCAGAAUGAGGUGGCCAUUUUUUUGAGGAGACAAAAUACACUGUCUUAGUCAAGCCAGGGUGACAUUUUUGAAUGCUGCUUUGUAUUCAAAGAAACAACAACAAUUUGCAAAAAUUUCUAUUUCAAAAGCAGUCUGAUAAGUAAGUCUAAAACACUUCUCCCUUAUAGACCAAUUGGUUUAUAUAUGGAAGAAUAAAAAACAACAGUCCCAUUAGCCUCUAACAAGGAGUUAGACCUUAAAGCAUCCUAAAAUACCAUCAAUUAUAAGUGUUUAUUUAUUUAUUUAUUUAUAUUAUUUCUAUCCCGCCCAUAUCAGCCCGAAGGCAACUCUGUGUUGAUCACUCAUGUUGAUAUCUUGUCUUCAAUUCAAUCCAUUCAAAGGGUUGGGUGUAGCCUUGUCCUUGCCUUGCCACUUGGUCUUUACAACAACCCUCUGAAGUAAGUCAGGGUGAAAGAAAGAGUAUUUGAUCCAAUAUUGCUCAGUGAGUUUUAUGGCUCACGGGGGCUUGGAAAUGGGUUUCCCAAGUCCUUUCCUUGACCCUGAUACUAAUGUACCAUCCUGGCCUUCUAAAUYAUUUUUGUCUCCUCCAUCUUUGAUACAUGCAGACCAGGUAAAAUUAUUUGGGAAAARGGUCUCCUGACUUUACCUUUAAUGAAAUUAWGGGUAUUUUUCUCCUCACAAUUCAYCWDUGCUUUCUCAAAAUUCACCAUCACUUUGCAAGAACAGCUUCUGCCAGAGUACAGUCAAUGCCAACUGUCUUUUAAGCCAAACUUGUUAUUUUCUGCAGCAAAUCUCUUGUUGAGUACAUGUGUUUUUGUUUGUUUUGUUUUUCUGCCUAAACUGAAGAAAAGCUAUACAGGCUAUAGCAGAAAUGGAAUCAAACCAUUUCAGCAAUCUUAAUGGGAACCUGAUGUACUACUAUAAUGACUUAGAUAUUUUCUCUCAGUGUUUAUAAUUAAUGUCAGGAAUCACAAAGACUUGUACAUAGCUUGAUAUCCUGUAUAUAUUUAUUCAGAUAAUAUUGAUAUAUUAUUAAAUAAUUUCAUAAGCUGAGCUUGGUAACAAUAUUAAUCAAAUGAAUUUGUGGCCAUGAGAAGGUAUACGAUCUUCAGAAUAUGAGGUGGAAAUUGUGUUGUGGAUUCUUCUACUUGGAAUUAGAUUUAUCAACACACUGGUGCUCUCCAGUUACUUUGGAAAAUUGCAUCCACUCGGAUGACCUUUGGAAAAGGUCCAAAGACUCCUAUUUGUCUCAACAUAGCCUAGCUAGUAGCACAAGAUGUCUAAAACACUUGGUUGGGCCAUUUACCACCACCACCUGAACUUACUGUGCAGCCCCUGAAACCACCAUCUCAGAACAGCUAUCCCUGCCUCAUAGGAGCAUCUGACUAUGCCCAUGUAGCCAGAAGUAAAAUA